GACUUUAGAGGAUCAGGGGCACAAGCCCGCUUACUGGACCUCUUACGUGACGAGCUGGCAAAAUACCCCUAGUUGGUUGUGCCAAAAAAAAACCCCAAAGAAGAAGAAGAAGAAGAAAUAAUAAUUUAAUAAUUUACUUACUAUAUCUGGCACACACUUGAUUAAUACCCUUGAAUUCCUGAUAUGUUAAAAGUGUGAAACUGCGGCAGUGUCCGAGUGAACCGGUUUGGUGUUUGUUAUUUUAAGGAGCUCGAAAAUGAUCGCCGAAACAGCCGUAGUACGUGAUUUGCCUCAGCAAGACUUGUUAAAUGAGCUGAAAGCGUUUAUAAGCGGCACCCGAAAGUUCAGUCGUCAGAACUCCCUGGAACUAACGAAAACUGCUUUGGUUCUUCUAAAAAAGUUGCCAGCAUGUAGGGGAGCAGUAUUUGAGUACUUCUGUAAGGUAUUUGAUGCCGCUGCGUCUAACUACAUCGAAUCUAUUGAGACGGAAAUUAAAACUGGAAAAUUGCCCGAGCCUAUUGAAACCGAUGAGCUGAUAGUAUCAGAAAUUCAUGCAGCACUGAUCUAUCUUAUUUCCGAGAAUUCGAUUGCAUGGGCGCCCACGAUAAGCACUUGGUCGCUGGAGCUAUUGGGCGAAAUAUCUACCAAAUAUGCAGGAAGAGCCCACAUUUCCACAAAUCUAAACGAAACCCUGCAAUUAUGGAUGGCUUGUCGGGGUACGCGAACACUUGUGGACAUUAACACCAAGUGCUUAUCUAGUCUAAUUCAUUCUGAUACAGAAGCCUGCAUUAGUGCCUUAUUAGACACUUCUGUAAAACACUCGCCAUACUUUGACUGGGUGGUGGCUCAUGUGGGAAGCUGUUUUCCAAACACAGUCAUUACCAGAGUUUUGUCAGUGGGACUGAAGGAUUUUUCCCAAAAUAGAUCAUGUGAUCAAGUGCGAAGUUCACCAAAAUUGAAAUCGGUGGUCGGAAUUCUGGGACAUUUAGCUGGGAGCCAUACUAAAGACAUCAGACAAGCCAUCAUUGAAACCUUUAGGUUGAGUCUGAAGGAAGUUUUCACCGACUCAGAUGCAAUUCGUUUGCAAAAAAAGGCAACCGUUCCAUACAUUUUGCAGCUGAUGUACUUAUCCAAUACACUAUUGUCUUCCAUAUGCCAUGAUACGAGAAAUAUUUUAACUGUAGAUAUAAUUGGAAAAUUGAGACACUUUACAGACGAUUGGAUCAAAUACUUCGGCACGCCCGAAGCUUUAGAGGAACACAUUAUUUCUUUAAUCCUCCAAUGCCAAACUGGCGGAAUCCAAAUCCUGAAUUUAAUUCUAAGCUGCGCGCAAAUAACCAAAUUAAAAGGCUGCAACGAAUCAGCCAAAACGGAUAUUCGAGAGAAAGCCUUGGAACUGUUAGAGAAUAUUCUGCAAGAAAUUGAGGAAUCAGUUAGACAUGGAACUGCUGUCGAUAUGUUGUCAUCAUGUGCGAAAAACAUUUCAGAAAUCAACGAAAUGUUGCUCAGCUCCAAUAAAAUUGUUCAAGCUGUUGGAUACAGAUUGAUUCUAUAUUUAGGUCGUAUUAAUCCUGCCGUCUUAGUGAGAGCAAUUACAUUUCUAAUGGAAUAUGCAAAGACUCCAGAUCAAUUAGGUUUCGUAUUAAAAAUCAUCACCAGUGAGCUAGUCGACAAAACCGUUCCUGCUUAUUCAGAGAAAGGCGGUCAUUUCUCUGUUGUUCUCGAACAAAUAUUGAGUCGAAACAUCCAAAAGUACACACAAUCGAACGAAGAAACUUUAGACCUGUCCCAGAUGUGGACCAACUUGUUGACGCUGCUGGAAUGGGAAAAAAGCGAUAAAAUAUCUCUGUUGAAUUGUCGCUUUGUGUCGAGAGCUUUGGAGGAAAACUUUAUUAACUUGACCUCAGUGUUUUCCAGCGAAGUUCACCAUGUGCAUAUUAUAGCUGAUAUAUUAGACAAAACUGGAAUUCCUAUGGUUUCCAGCUCUUAUAGCCCCCCAAUAAGGGUUAUACUAAACUUAACUCAGUCAGCAGUAAAUUACUUCUUUGCAUGCUGCAGGGCUGAAGGCACGUCGACGAAAUUGAGAGGCUGCCAAAGAGCCGGUAGUAUCCUAAAACGGCUAUGCAUUUACUCGAAAGUUGCCAAAGUGUUGGCGCUCCGAGAAUUGCUGGAAAAAGCUCUGUUUUGCAGCGAAAAAGUCCUGUUUGGGGCUAAAAAUAGCACCGUUCAUGAUAGCAGUGAAAAAAUGUUAUUGAAACAGAAUAAAAACAUUAGCAAAACAAUACCGCUAACUAAACAUUCCACGGUGUUCAAUGGAGGAAUCAUCGGAUUGGGCAAACGGAAGGCUUUUGUAGCAGACGUAAUCCCUACUGACGUGAUAGCAGCGAAUAUUGCUGAACUAAUUUGUGUCUUAAAGUCUUGUUGUACUUUAAUGGAGGAAGAGAAAUAUUCGGAAAUGUCCCUGGAUAGUAUGACACUACUUUCACUGCUUUUAGUACAAUUUGUUAGCCCCGAUGUCAUGUACAACGGCUUGCCGUGGCCAGAGGAAGAAUUUUCUAAGGUCACAAUCGAACGUGAUUUAUUUAUCAGGCGAAAAUUUACAAACACGCCGCUUCUAUGGGACUUAUUGAGCUUUGUGGCCGUUUCUCGUCCGGCUCUUUGCUAUUGUUCGGUGCUGAUACGAGCAUUAACAGCUACCCUGAUUCAUCAGUGGAAAAGCAUGGGAGACCACAGCAAGGAGACUGGAAACGAAAAUUACACAGUUUUACUUGACACUACUAUUAAAGUUAUCGAUGUUAUGGCUUUGGGACAGUUAUUGCCGCCCCCUUUGUCAAACAUUCGGGAUGUUUUGCCUUCAUUGCGAUGUUUUGAGAUAGUGGAUAUCUUGCGAGAUUGUGUAUGGUGUUAUAUGCGAGAUCACAUUCCUUCUCCGGCCCUCUUCAUUUGCGAUUCAAAUGGAGUCUAUUGGCGUGAUCCCAUUAUGUCCCGACCGCCUGAACGCUACACCAAUACAUUGAGAAUAAUUAUGCAACGGAAUAUGGAUACUUUAGGACAUUUAUAUUCUCAAAUGUACAUCAAUAUUCCACACUAUGAGUGAAAUUGACAGGUAAUUCACAGAUAUUAUUCUUGAAUUCAUGAAUAUAUUCACAUACAUACGA